AUGUGGGCAAAGGUUCCAAGAAAUUUUAAAAGCCCUAACAUGAACCUUUAUGAUGGAACAACUGACCCGAGGCACCACUUAAGCAACUUCAAGAGUCGGAUGUAUUUGGCCGAUGCUUCAGAUGUGACUCGUUACAAGGCCUUCCCAACAACUCUUACUAAGUCGCCCAUGAAAUGGGAAAUUUGCCAUACCGAGAAGCUUCCCCCUCCUCAUCCAAUUAAAAAUAAGAAGGGUGGAAGUCACACUGAAUAUUGUGAGUAUCAUAAGCUAUACAGACAAUCUACAAAUGAUUGUUACGACCUAAAAAAUGUGAUAGAAAAACUGGUCAAGAAAGGUCGGUUGAAUAAGUAUCUCAUAGAAAGGUCGGACAGUCAGGAGAAGAGAAAAAGAGAUGAAAAAGAUACCGGCCGAAGAGAUCGGUCCACCCAAACUCCAGAAAGACAUAUCCACAUGAUAGCAGGUGGAUUUGCCGAAGUUGGGCUCACUAAGUCAUCCCGAAAGAGACACCUAAAGGAAAUCUACCAAGUGGAGGAAGAAAUCCUUGACUCGCCAACUAUUUCUUUCACAAAAGAAGAUGCACAGGGUAUAAUACCCGAGCAUGAUGACCCCGUGGUAAUUACCUUGAUACUUGCUAAUGCAAAUCUUCAUUGGACCUUGAUGGAUCAAGGAAGCUCAGCUGAUAUUCUAUUCAAGCCUACUUUCGACAAACUAGGGUUGGAAGAGAAAGAACUGAAGGCAUACUCAGACACUCUCUACGGGCUAGGAGAUACGCCUAUCAGACCAUUGAGUUUCAUUUUCCUACAUACUAUCUUCGGAAAAGGGAUGAGAUCCGAAACCCUGAACAUUGAAUACAUUGUUCUUGUUGUAGCUUCAGCCUACAAUGCCCUGAUAGGUUAG